AUGCGCCCCAAUCGACCGUUGCGACUCCUAGCCCUGCUAGGGGCAGCGGCCACCACCGCCUCCUCCGCCUCCGUUGCCCUCGCACCCCGCGAGGACGCCACCUACGACUACAUCGUGGUAGGCAGCGGCCCCGGCGGCGGUCCCCUCGCCAGCAACCUCGCCCGCGCCGGCUUCGAGACUCUCCUCAUCGAGGCCGGCGACAACGAGAUCGCCGACCCGGCCACCAACGUGGCCUCCUUCUUCGCCACCACCGGCAUCAAGGAGAGCCUGCACUGGGACUUUUACGUCAAGCACUACGACGACCUGGAGCAGACCAAGAAGUUCCAGCAUCUCGUCUGGCGCCUCCCCGACGGCUCGCAGUGGGUCGGCCCGGGCGGCUCCGAGCCCGAGGGGGCUGAAGUCCUCGGUGUGAAUUACCCGCGCGGCGCUACGCUGGGCGGGUCUUCUGUCAUCAACGCCGGAGCUGUCCUGCUUCCUAAUGAUAGUGAUUGGAAUUAUGUGAAGAACAUCACCGGUGAUGGCACAUGGAGUGCGGCCAACAUGCGAAGAAUCUUCGCAAAGCUGGAGCGCAACACCUACCUCCCCGAAGGAACCGAGGGCCACGGCUUCGACGGCUACGUAGACGUAACCAUCGGAGACGGCAACCAGUACCUCUCCUCCCCCCAGGCCGUGGAGAUCAUGACCGCCAUGGCCGAGGAGCUCGGGAAGGACCCCGCCGACCUCCCGACGCUCCUCACCGCCGACGCUAACUACCUCGACCCCGAACGAGACUUCACCGAGGGCCUGUGGGCGCUCCCCUUCCACGUCAACGAGACAUGGGGUCGCGUCAGCGCCCGCAACUACAUCCUCUCCACCUUCAACGCGCGAGACAAGGGCGCCUGUACCAAGAAAUACCCCCUCCACCUCCAGCUCAACACGCUCGCCACGCGCGUCCUCUUCUCCCACCCCUCCGAAUCCGAAUCGGACCAGCCGAGGGCCGUCGGCGUCGAGUUCCUCGAGGGCAAGAGCGUAUACCAGGGCGAUAGGAGGCACGACCCGUCCAGCAAGGGGACGCCCGGCCGCGCCUACGCUCGCAGGGAAGUCAUCCUCAGCGGCGGCGCCUUCAACACCCCGCAGCUCCUCAAGCUCAGCGGGAUCGGCGACGCCGCCGAACUGGCGCAGCACGGCAUCGACGUCGUCGCCCCGCUCCCCGGCGUGGGGACCAACAUGCAAGACAGCCAGGAGAUCGCCAUCACGGGGCUCGCGGCCCAGAACUUCACCUUCGCGGACCCCCCCUCGGGCCCGGACCCGACCUGCAGGCGCGACGGCGCGCCGGGCGACGACCCCUGCUACGACCUCUGGCUGCAGGGCAAAGGCCCCUACGCGCGGGCGGGGCCCAACACGAGCGCCUUCCUCCUGCGAUCGAACCACAGCGCCGACGGGGAGCGCGACCUGACCAUCUUCGCCGGCCCGUUCGCCUUCCGCGGCUUCUGGCCGGCCACGGGACAGGAGUUCCGCGAGCCGCCCAACACGUGGGGGAUGCACAUGGUCAAGAUGCGGCCGCAGAACCGGCGCGGGGUGGUGAAGCUGCGGUCCGCCGACCCGACCGAGAUGCCGGAGAUCAAUUUCCACCUGUUCGCCGAGGGUGCGGACGUCGAUAUCGGCGCCAUCAAGGACGGCGUGGCGUGGGGACGGCGCGCGUUCGGGCGCGUGAGGGGCGGCGCGGCGCCCGUGGAGAUCACGCACCCGCCGUGUGCUGCGGGGCCGAACCCGGACGGGAGCUGUGCGGACCCGGAGGCGGACGAGGCGUGGAUUCGCGACGAUGCGUUCGGGCAUCACGUCACCAGCACGUGUCCCAUCGGCGCGGACGAUGACGAGAUGGCCGUGUUGGAUUCCGAGUUUCGCGUUCGUGGCGUGAGGGGGCUGCGGGUCGUGGAUGCGAGUGUGUUUCCUCGCACGCCUGGCUCGUUCCCCGUCAUUGCGACGUUUAUGGUCAGCGAGAAGGCGUCCGAGGUGAUUCUUGGCCAGGCGUGA